UAUAAAUAAGGCUCGUAACUCUUUUUGCAUUAUUCUCUAUCUCGCUCUUUCUCCAUCAUAGCCGCUCUGCGAUAUCUCUGAGAUUUAUUUGACAAAGCAGCUAUGGGUAAAGAAAAGUUUCAUAUCAAUAUUGUGGUCAUUGGCCACGUCGACUCUGGAAAAUCGACAACCACUGGUCACUUGAUCUACAAGCUUGGUGGUAUUGACAAGCGUGUGAUCGAGAGGUUCGAGAAGGAAGCUGCUGAGAUGAACAAGAGGUCCUUCAAGUACGCAUGGGUGUUGGACAAACUUAAGGCAGAGCGUGAGCGUGGUAUCACCAUUGACAUUGCUCUCUGGAAAUUCGAGACCACCAAGUACUACUGCACAGUCAUUGACGCUCCUGGACAUCGUGAUUUCAUCAAGAACAUGAUCACUGGUACCUCCCAGGCCGAUUGUGCUGUCCUGAUCAUUGACUCCACCACUGGUGGUUUUGAGGCUGGUAUCUCCAAGGAUGGUCAGACCCGUGAGCACGCUCUUCUUGCUUUCACCCUUGGUGUCAAGCAAAUGAUUUGCUGCUGUAACAAGAUGGAUGCUACUACCCCCAAGUACUCCAAGGCCAGGUACGACGAGAUCAUCAAGGAGGUGUCAUCCUACUUGAAGAAGGUCGGAUACAACCCUGACAAAAUCCCAUUCGUGCCCAUCUCUGGUUUCGAGGGUGACAACAUGAUUGAGAGGUCCACCAACCUUGACUGGUACAAGGGACCAACCCUCCUUGAGGCCCUCGACCAGAUCAACGAGCCCAAGAGGCCAUCAGACAAGCCCCUCCGUCUCCCACUUCAGGAUGUCUACAAGAUCGGUGGUAUUGGAACGGUGCCAGUGGGACGUGUUGAGACCGGUAUGAUCAAGCCCGGUAUGGUUGUGACCUUUGCUCCCACAGGGCUGACCACUGAGGUCAAGUCUGUUGAGAUGCACCAUGAGUCUCUCCUCGAGGCACUUCCAGGUGACAAUGUGGGAUUCAACGUCAAGAAUGUUGCUGUCAAGGAUCUCAAGCGUGGUUACGUUGCAUCCAACUCCAAGGAUGACCCUGCCAAGGGUGCUGCCAACUUCACCUCCCAGGUCAUUAUCAUGAACCACCCUGGUCAGAUCGGUAACGGUUACGCACCAGUGCUCGAUUGCCACACCUCUCACAUUGCCGUCAAGUUCUCUGAGAUCCUGACCAAGAUCGACAGACGUUCUGGUAAGGAGAUCGAGAAGGAGCCCAAGUUCUUGAAGAAUGGUGACGCCGGUAUGGUGAAGAUGACUCCCACCAAGCCCAUGGUGGUCGAGACCUUCUCUGAGUACCCACCGCUUGGACGUUUUGCAGUGAGGGACAUGAGGCAGACUGUUGCCGUCGGAGUCAUCAAGAGCGUCGACAAGAAGGACCCAACUGGUGCCAAGGUGACCAAGGCUGCCGUCAAGAAGGGUGCCAAGUGAACUCUUAAACCCGCAAAGAACAAUGCUAGUUUUUUUACUUUGAUUUGGUAUUUUGUCGCUUUUCUGUGUUCCUGCUUCGUGUCAUCUCCGUCGAAACUCUCUUCUCGUAAUUGGGUUCUUGAUCGGAGGUGGCGGAGCUUCUUUUUCUUUUCAUUUGCUUUCGGAUCUUGAACUAUUUUUGAUAUUUUGUUAUUAUGAUGAACAUGGUGACAUUUCUGCGGCUAUUCUCUCUGUGUAACUUUCUUCCGUUGUGUUGAUUUUUCUUGGUCGUUUAUCGAAUCUAUUUGAUUAUGUACCCCAACUCCCUUGUGCAUAGAAUUGAAAUCGCAUUACAAUGAUAUAACGGACAAUAUCAGAACAUUGCAAUGACCAGGUCCAUAUCUUAAUUUGGAUUUUUGUAUCUCGUAAUGGUUUUGAGAGGUUCAUACUUGUUCAGUGUAAACAUUUCCUAAAAUUAAAUAAACAGAUAUCGUUUUGAGA